UUGUUUUGUUAUAAAUUCAAGUGGCAAUUCAUGGUUGACAAUAGGAAUCAAUUAUAAUUACAUAAAAUAACUUCGAAAAAUUUAUUGUAAUUAGUAAUAUAAAAAAAUUCAAAACUAAAUACUAACAAAAAAUGACAUGAAUCCCCUUGCUGUCCUUUUGUGUCUAAAAACGCAGCGCGCAUGUCUAUUUAGAUGAAACAUGGCCGGUCGUAGCGGUUAUGAUGAUAGAGACAACAGAGAUUAUGGUGGUGGAGGCCGACGAGGAGGUGGCAAUACAGGAGGAGGCAGAAAACCUCUUCCUACUGAACCUCCUUUUACAGCUUACAUAGGAAACAUUCCUAGUGGAGUUAUCCAAGGAGACAUUAAUGUUGUAUUUAAAAGUUUGAAUGUCAAGAAUAUAAGACUUGUCAAAGAUAAAGAAACUGAUAGGUUUAAAGGCUUUGGAUAUGUGGAAUUUGAGACCUUACAUGACCUAGAACAAGCCAUUACCAUGAAUGUAGAGAUUGAUGGUAAUAUACUCAAAAUCGAUGUUGCUGAUGGCAAAAGAAACGAAAGAGGCGGCGGUUUUGACAAAGGCGGCAGAGGUGGCGGUAGAGGGAACAGAGGCGGCGGUUUUAGGGGCGGCGAGAGGUAUGGUAAUGACGAUUUUGAAGGACGGCCUCUUUCAAGAGGGAACUUCAAUGAUAGAGAUAGGGGUGGCCAUAGAGGAAAUUACGGUGACGAUGGACACAGGGGUGAAGUGGUCUGGUCUCAGAAUAGGGGACGUGGAGGUAACCAAGGUGGUGGUGGUGCUGGUGGUGGAGGAGCUGGUGGUCCGGCUGGCGGCUUCGGCGGUGGCAAACCACGACCGGAAAGGAAGAGUUUUUCAGAGGAUCUCCCCAGUGGUCCCCCAGAUACCUCAGGCAGGCCAAAGCUGAAACUGCUACCAAGAACGGUGAAAGCGCCGAUAAACGCAUUAGCAGAUUCGGAAAGAAGUGUAUCCAUCUUCGGUGCAGGUAAACCGAGAGAAGAACGAGCCCCAUCAACGGAAAGUAAAGAUGAUUAAUUUGUGUGUUUUGUUUUCUCUUUUUUAAGUUAUUGUAAAGAUAAUAAUUUUACAUUUACGCAAAAAUGUAACCUUAAUAAAAGUAUAAAAGGAAUUUUUUACAGAG